AUGACAGCCAGUAUCAAGACGAGAUUCAUGGUUAUUUCUGACACUCAUGGAAGAAAUUUCAAAAGCGAAUCCAUGCCUCAUGAAUCCGUUGACAUUAUAAUACACUGUGGCGACCUUACGCAGCACUCGAAGCUAGAUGAAUUUCGAGAAACACUUCAAAUGCUCAAGCAGUUAAAAGCGUCGCUCAAACUCAUAAUCGCAGGAAACCAUGACUUCUCGCUAGAUACCGAGGCGUUUAAAGCAAAAGUCGAGGAAGCAAAUAAAAUCAUUGGGGAACCUUUGGAGACAGACCUGGUUGAGAGGGAAUUUGGCCAUGAGGGAGAGGCUAAAAGAUUGCUUCAAGAUGCGAAAGAAGAUGGCAUCAUAUUUUUGGAUGAGGGAACCUACACAUUCGCUCUUCCAAACCGUGACAGCCUCAAAGUUUAUGCGAGCCCUUACACUCCUUCGACGGAGCUUUGGGGUUUUACUUACAACGACAAUAACGACCACCACUUCCAUAUCGAACCGGAUACGGAUGUUGUCAUAACCCAUGGACCGUCUCAUGGGAUUUUGGAUAUGUCAGCAGAGAGGAUACGUAUCGGCUGCUCGCGGCUCUUCGCUGCUGUAGCGAGGUGUCAGCCCCGCAUGCAUUGCUUUGGACAUGUACAUGGCGGUUGGGGAGCAAAAAUGGUAACUUGGCGCCAUAUCAUAUCAGAUCCACCCUCACAUUUCAGGGAUAUUGAUAACAAUCGGUCAUGGCUAAUCGAGAGUCUCCCAAAGCUCAGGGGGACUCAGUUCAAAUCCGAGGAUGAUAAAAAACGAAGGGAGGAAAAGAUCGCACACUGCAGGCAGCAAAGGUACUAUCACACAAGCUUCUUCCGCAACGACGGCAACCAUGCUGAGCCGAAGAGCACCAUAUUUGUCAACGCGGCAAUCGAAGCAGAUGGAGAACUGGUGCAGUUCCCAUGGGUUAUCGAUAUUGACUUGCCGGUGAUGGAAGCGACACAAGCUCCUAAAGAUGUCAAACGACCCGUACCUAAUCUCUCGGAAACGUAA